AUGUUAAUCAUUCAAAUGAAACACUUGAAGUUUUGUGUAAUGUGGUACAUGUUGAGGUAUUUACUUCAAGUAACAUCGUGGAUUCUUCGGUUUAUCAAUAAUGCGAAAGAUAAAAAGAAGAACAUCUCCAAAACUGGUUUAAUUACAGCUGAAGAAAUAGAUAAUGCAAAGCGAUUGUGGAUUAAAUUUUCACAGAUAAAUCUAAUCGAUGAGAAUAAAUUUAAACAAUUACGAAAAGAUUUACGUUUAUUUCUUGUCAAGCACAAUGGUGUGAAAGAAACAAUUAAUGCUUUAAGAUCCCAGUAUUGGAUACCUUGUUGUAGGCAAUUAGCAAAGAGCGUGAUACGAGAAUGUACAACUUGUCGACGUAUAGAGGGUAGGCCUUAUUCAUACCCACCUGCUCCUCCUUUGCCUGAAAGUCGUUUAAAUUCCAAUUUCGCUUUUAAAUGUAUUGCUUUGGAUUAUGCUGGUCCGCUGUAUAUAAAAGAUAUUUAUGGCGACUGUACGUUGAAUAAAGCAUGGAUUUUCUUAUUUACAUGUUGCAGUAGUCGUUCGAUUUUAUUAGACUUAGUAGCUGACUGUUCAUCUAGAUCAUGCGUUAUGGGUAUCCGUAGAUUUAUUGGAAGACGGGGUGUUCCAGAAAUUAUUUAUUCAGAUAAUGGUUCACAAUUUGUUUCAACUGAGACUCAGUACUUUGCUGCAAACCAUUCUAUAAAAUGGAAGUUUAAUGCGCCUUCGGCACCGUGGUGGGGAGGGAUGUUUGAGCGACUAUUACGAAUGACUAAAAGAUGUUUGAAGAAAGCCUUAAAAAAUUCGAAGUCUUCUUAUGAAGAAGUACGAACGUUGCUUUCUGAAAUUGAAAUGGUACUAAAUAACAGACCAUUUACUUAUUUGUAUAACAAUCAAGGUGAUGAAGCACUCACACCUAAUCAAUUAGUUUUUGGACAUAAGCUUAAGCUUGAAUCAAGUCUUAGUGCUUGUAACGAUAUAGAACAAGAUGUGCAUAUACGAAACACACGUGUUGAAGAAUUGUUAUAUUCAAACGACGGAGUUGUUCGCGUUGCUAAAGUUUGUUACAAACAAGAGAAUGGUAGUUCGUGUUUAAUUACUCGACCCAUUAAUAAACUAUAUCCUACUGAAUAUUCAGACAAUGAAAAAAUAGUAACUGUUGCCUUUAUUAACGAGAAGAAUAUUCCUUUACUUGUAAAUGGUGGCCGGGAGUGUUGA